ACAAACUUUUUACUUAACAAAAUCUGAUUAACAAAGAGAGCGGUUUGACAGCAAUUAUUCAAAAAUGUUUGUAUAAAAGCGGAAUGUUUUCGAGAUCUGAACUCAGAGUAAAAACUUAAUUUCGAAGAUGAGUUUCAAAGUUGUCUCUGUUCUCGUGCUUUGCUGUUAUGUUUGUGUGAGUUUUGGUCAACAACAGGGCCAACGAAUACAACAAGGCCAACAUUUGUCUGAGUGUCUGAUCGCCAGAGCAAGAGCUGUCAAGUCCAAGGCAGCCGUCAAUUUGGUUCCCAAUUGCGAACCAAAUGGAGAUUAUUCUGCACUUCAGUGCCAUUCAAACAGUAGAUUCUGUCAGUGCUGGAAAAGCGACGGAACACCA